AUGUCCCGCAAGCGUCAUCAUGAUGGCAGUGAUCCAAAUGUCCGCCGCCCCCUUGCGCCGCAGUCGAGGAUAUCAAGGUUUAAUCUUAAUCAGGAAAGAUUCCCGUUGAGGUUUCCUGGUGAGAUUCGAAACAAAAUCUACCAAAUCUUAUUCGAUGAUUUCAUGGAAGAUUAUCGGCCGUAUAUAAUCAUGCGAGAGGGCAUUGAUCCGGGGUGCACUUCAGGCUCUCCAUGUCGACCAAUAGUAAAUUCAGAGCAUCCACUAGUAUUAACUGCACCAUAUGGGGAUGGGGUCAUUCCAUACGACCAGUUCGGAUUCUGGAUUGACGCAGCCGAGCAGACAAUUCUCCACCAACGUUAUAGAGACAUGAAAAGAGAUCUUAUUGCAGUGGGGCAGAUAUCUCAGCAGUUCAUGCACGAGUAUAGGUCUUUCCAACGCGCUCGUCUUGAUCCCUUCGUGCACCUGGAUGAGCUGGAGAACUUUAUCAACAUCUUUUACCCGAGCAAAGACCUCGCCGUUGCGAAUAACUACCGAGGCAGGCUAAUUACCAUCACCCUUCCAAAACAUACCACUGACACUUACGACAUCCUACCAUUGUUGCGAUUCUUCGCCCGCGCGCCACACCUACACUGCAACAUCUGGGCAUUACUGACCGUGUCUCGUCCCGGAAUGUGGCACGGUGAAGAAGUUCGUGAUGCCUUAUUCGGCGCUACAAACUCCUUACGCUCUUACCUUGCUACACCAGCCCCUGAGUCACUAAGUAUUGUAAAUAUCGAAUUUCGAACCCAUGGUGUGGUCCGGCGCUAUCGUGGCAAUGCUUUCAACCAUCAUGAUAAAUAUCACUCGGCAAUAUUCAAGGUUACAUUUGCCCCUACAGACAGGCAGGAUUGGAUGGAUGGCAACUUUAUUUACUUUCAAAACAACGCUUCACGCACCGGGACGAGAAUGAACAAAGACAGGGCGAGAAGACAGCAUAUUUUGCAGUUUUUGAAAGAUGUUGGGAUGGAUUUUGAUAGCAUCAGGGAGAGUUGGGAGAUGAGUUUUGGUGUGCUGGGCCAAAGUUGA